UAAAUACAAACUUGAAUUGCGUACAUCACCAGUUACCGUACAAGUACAGUGUACUACUUUACAUGAACUCGAAAUAGAUAGGUCAUAUAUAUACAAACGAUUGACACACCUGUAAGGUUUCAAAAUAACCAGCCAAUCACGGGGCAUUUAAAUUUGGAAUGCUAAAUAUAGAACAGGGCAACACAGGUAUAUAAGCCUAACAGCGGUUAGCAAUUGCAUAAACAAAUAGUCAGCAGAUGUCUUUGUGUUGUUUGCGACCCAAGAAAGAAUUUUCCGAAGUUGGAAUGGCGGAAGUCAGGAAGAAACUGGUGAUCGUUGGGGAUGGAUCUACGGGAAAAACGUGUUUAUUGAUGGUGUUCAGUCGGGAUCAGUUCCCUGACGUGUACAUUCCUACAGUGUUCGAGACCUAUGUUGCAGACAUUGAAGUGGACAAUAAACAAGUGGAGCUGGCGCUGUGGGACACGGCGGGUCAGGAGGACUACGACCGACUCCGCCCUCUGUCCUAUCCCGAUACUGACGUCAUUCUUAUGUGUUACUCUAUAGACAACCCCGACAGUCUGGUCAAUAUCAGGGAGAAGUGGACCCCCGAGGUCAAACAUUUCUGUCCCAACGUACCCAUCGUUCUGGUGGGAAAUAAAAAAGACACCCGAACUGACCCGGAAGUUAUUAAGGAACUGGAGCUGGAGAAGAAGGAGCCAGUGAAAGCCCAGGAAGGACAGGCUAUUUCGGAACAAAUCCGCGCUUUUGCGUUUAUUGAGUGUUCCGCGAAAACGCAGGAAGGUGUUCGGAAAGUGUUCGAGACGGCCACGCGAGCGGCUCUACAAGUCAAGAAGAAAAGGAGAAUCAAAAAGUGUAAAAUAUUUUGACAUGAUGUAUUUUUUAUUUAGUUUUAAAAACUUUCAGACUGUGAUAGAAUUUGCAGCAAUUUCUGUGAUAUUUUUGUUUUGUAUUUAACACUGAAAAACAUGAAUGUGUUCAUAGAAAAUUAUAACGAAAUUCACAAAGUGGUGCAAUGUAGUCAAAGUAAUUUUCAUCUACCAGGUAUUCCAUCAUUGAUAAUCUGUUAAUGUAAUUAAUUUAUUUUAAUAUUUAUUUAUUCAUUUGUAUGACUUGAGUGACUUGUUUUUGCAAGACUAGUGCAUUUGUACAUGUAUGUUAACACGUCUUUAAUUUUAACACACAUGUAAAACGUAUUUUUCAUGAAUGAUAGAU